GUUCAGGUAGCUAUAUAUGUCCUCUCUAUUUGUCUUUCUCUAACCUUAUCCUGUGUGAAUGCAGCGAGCGAGUGGCUUAAAAUCGCUUCGGUUGCACGCAUACCAUCAGCCUGUCUGGACCAUCUGAUCUCAUGGAAUUGUAUUAGUCUUCAUUAAUCAAGGGCGUCCUGGAGCUGAUUCAGUUCACAUGGACAGACGUGCCCAUUGCCAUGGUGUGCUGAUGGUUGAUGAUGCUGGCCCAUGGUCCGAAUUCAAAAUUAGCUUUCACUGAAAACGGCUGGCAGAGCCCAACAUCAACAAGGCGCCAAUGCCCAACAUUGGCACAGCCAUACGAGACGCGACUCGAGGGCAGAGGCACCUGUCGGGGGCAGAGCGCACACGGGAGAAGCGGCAGCACUGCUGGGGCUCUGCGUCUUGGUGAUCGCCGUACUGGAGGGGAGGAGGAGGAACAGACGAGGGAAAACGGCGGCCGUAAGAGAUCACGGGCACGACGAGCAGUGGUGUCAAAUCUCCGGGGAGAUGAGUCUACGGAACUAUCCCGCCGCGGCCGGGGACGAAGAGGGGGAGACGGUGGACGAGCUGCUCGCGCGCGUCCGCGGGAUGGUGCCUCCGGCGCUGGGCGCGGCCGGCGCGGCGGAGGGCUUCCCGGGGCGGUGGAAGGCGAUCGCCUCGAAGCUGGAGAAGCUCCCGACGUGCCUGUCCGACCUGUCCAGCCACCCUUGCUUCGCCAAGAACGCGCUGUGCCGCGAGCUGCUGCAGUCCGUGGCGGCCAUGCUCGCCGAGGUGGCGGAGCUCGCGGCGCGGUGCCGGGAGCCGCCGAGAGCCGGGAAGCUGCAGAUGCAGAGCGCCAUCGACACGCUCGCCGGUAAGGUGGAUCUCAACCUCCGGGACUGUGCGCUGCUUGUGAAGACUGGCGUGCUGUCCGAUGCCUUCAUGCCGCCGCCUCCGACAGACGAGGCAGCGGCGACGGCGGCGCAGGCGGACGUGCGGGAGCUGCUCGCGAGGCUGCAGAUCGGGCACACGGAGGCGAAGAACCGAGCAGUGGAUGGUCUUCUCGAGGCUCUAAACAAGGACGAGAAGAGCGUCCUCUCGGUGCUUGGUCGCGCCAAUGUCGCCGCUUUGGUGCAGCUGCUCACCGCGCCGUCGCCCAAGGUGCGGGAGAAGGCGGCCACGGUCGUAUGCCAGCUUGCAGAGUCCGGCAGCUGCGAGGGGCUGCUCGUCUCAGAGGGGGCGCUGCCGCCGCUCAUCCGGUUGGCCGAGUCCGGCAGCCUCCUCGGCCGUGAGAAGGCCGUCAUCACGCUGCAGCGCCUGUCGAUGUCACCUGACACCGCCCGCGCCAUUGCCGGGCACGGUGGCGCACGGCCGCUCAUUGAGAUCUGCCAGACAGGGGACUCCAUCUCCCAGUCCGCCGCGGCCGGCGCGCUCAAGAACAUCUCGGCGGUGCCAGAAGUGCGGCAAGCAUUGGCCGACGAAGGAAUCGUCCGUGUCAUGGUCAGCCUGCUGGAUUGCGGCACCGUGCUCGGCUCCAAGGAGUACGCCGCCGACUGCCUGCAGAACCUCACGUCGAGCAGCGACAGCUUCCGGCGCGCCGUGGUGUCCGACGGCGGGCUGCGCAGCCUGCUCGUCUACCUCGACGGCCCGCUGCCGCAGGAGUCCGCGGUGAGCGCGCUCCGGAACCUCGUGGGCGCGGUCUCCCCCGACAGCCUCGUGUCGCUCGGCGUGCUCCCCCGGCUGGUGCAUGUGCUGAGGGCCGGGUCAAUCGGAGCGCAGCAGGCGGCGGCCGCGGCGAUCUGCAGGAUCUCCACCUCCACCGACAUGAAGCGCGCCGUCGGCGAGCACGGCUGCGUGCCGCUGCUGGUGCGCAUGCUGGAGGCCAAGUCGAACGGCGCGCGCGAGGUCGCGGCGCAGGCCAUGGCGAGCCUCGUGAACUACCCUCCCAAUGCCAGGGAGGUGAGGAGGGACGACAAGAGCGUGCCAUGCCUGGUGCAGCUGCUCGACCCGAGCCCGGCGAACACGGCCAAGAAGUACGCCAUCGCCUGCCUCCUGUCGCUCGCGGCGGCCAAGCGGUGCAAGAAGCUGAUGAUCUCGCACGGCGCCAUUGGGUACCUCAAGAAGCUCUCCGACAUGGACGUCGCCGGCGCCAAGAAGCUUCUCGAGAGGCUGGAGCGCGGCAAGCUGCGGAGCCUCUUCAGUAGGGACUAGCAGCUGUAACUACAAAUCUUCCCACUUGCUACACGUUACGUUAUUCGUGACAAUUUCAUUUUUUUUAACUGUAUAACAUGUAUAAAGAUCACAUCUUGUUUUCACAGUAUGGAACGGGUGUUGUGCAGUGCAAAAACUCAUCUUGACUGAAUA